AAGGUGGGGGGGUGCCGAUUGGAAUCGGAAAAGAUCGUGUUGUUGUGGUGGCGCGAUUGGGGAGGAUGGAGUACCUGGCGAUCAAGACGGAGGACGGGGCGGCGGCGAGCAUCGAGUCGGACCUGAGGGAGCUCGGCCUUGCCGCACGAAAGCUCGCCAACCACGCCAUCAAGCUUGGCGGCGGCGGCGGUAUCGGAUUUGGCACGACCUUCUUCAAGUUCCUCGCCUCCAUCGCUGCCAUAUAUUUGUUGAUCUUGGAUCGGACAAACUGGAGGACAAACAUGUUGACUUCCCUUUUAGUUCCUUACAUUUUCCUGAGUCUUCCUACGAGCUUGUUCUCUUUAUUGAGGGGUGAGUUUGGAAAGUGGAUUGCAUUCAUUGCCAUCGUGCUUCGACUCUUCUUUCCUCGACAUUUCCCAGACUGGUUGGAGAUUCCUGGAUCAUUGAUUCUUCUUCUAGCUGUUGCUCCUGGCUUCUUUGCUCAGACAAUAAGGGAUGGUCCAGUCGGUGUGCUCAUCUGCCUGGCCAUUGGUUGCUACCUUCUUCAAGAGCACAUACGGGCAUCGGGCGGCUUCAGGAACUCUUUCACACAGAGUCAUGGCAUAUCAAAUACACUCGGUAUCAUUCUUCUAUUGGUCUACCCGGUCUGGCGCAUGGUGCUGCGUUUUCUUUAAGAGAAGGAUAUCAGUAUUGUUUGUUAACGCAAUAUAUAUGUUGCGGAUAACUAGUUUCGACCAUAAUUAAUUAGUUGGUUGUAAGGCUUGAAAAACUCUACUGGGUGCUAAUAAUGUUAAUGAGAUGGUAAUGCUGGGGUUAUUUGCUUUGGAUGUAUGCAAGGACAAAACUUGUGCAUGAGCACCUAAUCAGCAAUUGAGCCUGUUUUAUGCUUCA